AUGGACGCUGCAGUAGAGCGCGUCCAUGAGGCGGCGCGUCUACUGCUCGUGCGCGGACCCGACGGCCGCACGCGAUGGCUGUCCCACGCUUCACAUGACCUUCCACCUCUCGGCAUCAGCCACGCACCGUCUACGCCCGUGACUCUGCGUCCCAAGACGACAGUGUCGCGCCGUAGCAACUGCCUCGACUUGGACGCGUUGCGUUUUCCGGACAAACGGUCUGUCUUUAGGCUCGUGCAGCCCACCGAUGGCGCGCCAGAGGCUCAGAAUCUGCUACUGCUGUUGCACGGACGCGGCGACUCGCACGAAACGUUUGCGCGACUGGGUGAGCACAUGGCACUGCCUCAAACAGCGGUCGUGUCGCUCCGUGCUCCUCUAGAACUGCCGUUCGGUCUCGGGCGCUCGUGGGUCGACGACUUGGACGAGACGGGCGACGUCAUCCCUCCGGACAGGCCACACGAGCGGCGCAGUCAGAGUCUUGAGGCAGCGAAGGACUAUGUGUGGAGCUUCCUGCGCGUGCUGCACGACCGGUACGCGUGGGACUACUCUCGGCUGUUUCUGUUUGCGUUCUCGCAAGGAGCGUGCGUGGCGUUCCACUUGGCAAUGACGUUGCCGCGUGACGUGCGGUUGGGAGGCGUCGUGCUCGUAGCAGGCGGCGCAGUUGCAGGUUCCCAUUCGUCGUCUUGCUCGGAUCCACGAGGAGGCGCCGUUGCUACGCCCAUGCUCCAAGUCACUGGUGAUGCAGACAACGUCUACCCGGUGCCACUCGCUCAGCGUUCGCGUCGCGACUUUGCGCGCAGACAUUCCGAAAUUGCCGCAGCCGAGCUGUUCACGAGUGUGGUUCGACCACACAAAGGACAUGCAAUGAUUGAUGCUCAAGAGGACAUGCGGCAUGUCAUGGGCUUCUUCUCGAAGCAUUUGUACCUGCGUAACAUCGCUCUGGAGAACCGUAGCGACGUCGUGGAGAUCCAAACGUGA